CUUUUGCUUGAAGUAAAAUCCAGUCAAUAAUUUAUUUUCCGCAGAAAACAAGACUCAAUGCUCAUUAAUUACGAGCCGCAACUGAUGCACAUCAUUCUAGAAAUUCAAUAACAAUUGUCGAGAAUCAAAUGAUUUGAAGUAGAAGACAAAAAUUCUGCCUCCGCGUGGACGCAAAUUUAUUGCCAUAAACAUAACGCGUCCGACCGUCCGACUAACAGCAUCGUCGUCAUCGGUUUCAUUUAUUUGCACAAACUUGCAGCUAAAGUUGUCUAUUAGAUCUUGCCGAGUGCAUUAACAGCAUCGAAAGAAUGCUCUAUUUGGAGGACUACGUUGAAAUGAUCGAGCAUCUGCCUCAGGAGCUCAGGGAUCGAUUCACAGAAAUGAGGGAAAUGGAUUUAGGUGUGCAGAACUCAAUGGAUAGUUUAGAAAAGAAAGUAAAGACAUUUUUUUCGAACGCAAAGAAGAUGAAGCCAGUGGAGAAAGAAAGUGAAUACGAAACAAUCCGCAAGGACUACUACAAAACCCUGGAAGACGCAGACGAAAAAGUUCACCUGGCAAACCAAAUGUACGAUCUAGUCGAUAGAUACCUUCGUCGUCUCGACCAAGAGCUGCACAAAUUUAAGAUGGAACUGGAGGCUGACAACAAAGGAAUAACAGAGGUACUGGAGAAACGCUCACUGGAGUUGGACCAACCGCCCACAAAUAGUAGUCAGAAGGAGAAUCGUUACAGUUUUACAUCGAGUAGAUCUCGAGAUCACCACAGUCACUGUAAGCAACCAAGCAGUCGACGAGACCGAAAAAAAGCCCCUAGUCCCCACGAAAGAACCUCGUCUCAUGCUAAAAAACUUUCAGCUCGUUCAGAGAAACGGCGUGAUUCAAAUGCAUCAUCUGCAUCAGUGGAGAAACGUCUGGCAGUGGAGAAAGUGACAACAAAUCUCCCUGACUCUAGACCAGCGUCAGCCAACUCAGGUCCUCUAAUUUCCAACAAUUCCACUAGUUUACCAGCAACACCAACAUCCAUUGGUAAUUCAGUUGGGCCAGUUAGCUAUAAUCUAGGCCACAUUGGGGCUGGUGGCAAUGCAAUAGCAGCUGCUGCAUCUCAAGCCAUUGCUGCUACUCAACAAAUGCAACAGGGUCGUCGUACUGCCAGUCUCAAGGCCAGCUACGAGGCUAUCAACACUGGUGGUGGUGUCCAUGCAGCUGAAUUCAGCCGAGAACUGGCUGGUGCUGCACAAACAGCGAUUGCAGCUAUACACGAAUCAACCAAAAAACACAAAAAAAAAGUCACAACAGCAGUACCAAGCACGAGUGUCGUCACUCCUACCAUUCAACCACCGGUUUCACCACCGGUUAUCGCAACCACAACAGCUGUUACUGAUCCUGAUAAUCCGGACUGGACAUAUGAUCCUAAUGAGCCACGUUACUGUGUUUGCAAUCAGGUCUCCUAUGGGGAUAUGGUUGCCUGUGAUAAUUCUGAUUGUCCCUUCGAGUGGUUCCAUUAUCCCUGCGUUGGUAUCGCAGCUCCACCAAAGGGCAAGUGGUACUGUCCGCAGUGCACGUCUUCCAUGAAAAGACGAGGUGGCCGGAAAAAUUGAUAUCUCGAAUUGGAUUGUGUUUUUUUCAAUGCUUCAAUGGAUUUCCAAUGAAGUUUUGCUUGUAAAUAUAAAAGAAAAUUAUGGAAGUCA